AGUUUUUCGAGAAAAAUGCCCAAAUUGAAGGUGGCCCGUGGGGAGGAGAAGCAUGCACCUCUGGCCGAGCAGAUUCUGGCUGGGAAGGCAGUGCGCGCGGGGACCCGAGACAAGCGGCGGGGACGCGGGGUUGAAGAGGAGGAAGAGUAUGUUAGACCCUGGCUGAGCAGACGCAUUUUGCAGCAAGCCAGGCAACAGCAGGAGGAGCUCGAGACUGAACAUGGGACUAAAGACCAGCUUGCAAAGCCACGGGAACGCGCCACGCGGCUGGGUCUGGGAGUGCCCCAGGAUGGAUCCGAGGAUGAGGAUAAGGAAUGGCCCACCUUGGAAAAGGCAGCCAAAAUGACCGGAGUGGACCACCAAGCAGAGGUGGUUGUGGACCCUGAAGAUGAACAGGUCAUUGAAAUGUUCAUAAAGAACCCUCCUACAAGGCACACACUGGCUGACAUCAUCAUGGAGAAGCUGACCGAGAAGCAGACAGAAUUGGUGACGGUCAUGUCAGAGGUGUCGGGCUUCCCUAUGCCUCAGUUGGACCCCCGGGUCCUGGAGGUCUACAGAGGAGUCCGGGAGGUGUUAUCCAAGGGCCGAAGUGGGAAACUGCCCAAGGCUUUUAAGAUCAUCCCUGCACUGUCCAACUGGGAGCAAAUCCUCUAUGUCACUGAGCCUGAGGCCUGGACUGCGGCUGCUAUGUAUCAAGCCACCAGGAUUUUUACCUCUAAUCUGAAAGCGAUGGCUCAGCACUUCUACAACCUUGUUCUGCAUCCCCGAGUAUGGGAUGGCAUCGCAGAGUACAAACAACUCAACUUUCACCUCUACAUGGCACUCAAGAAAGCCCUGUUCAAACCUGGAGCCUGGUUUAAAGGAAUCCUGAUCCCAUUGUGCGAGUCUGGCACAUGUACCCUCCGAGAAGCCAUCAUCGUGGGCAGCAUCAUCACUAAGUGCUCCAUCCCUGUGUUGCACUCCAGUGCGGCCAUGCUGAAGAUUGCCGAGAUGGAAUACAGUGGCGCUAACAGCAUUUUCCUGCGCCUGCUGUUAGAUAAGAAGUAUGCGUUGCCAUACCGGGUGCUAGACGCCCUGGUCUUCCAUUUUCUGGGCUUCCGGACGGAGAAGCGCCAGCUGCCUGUGCUCUGGCACCAGUGCCUCCUGACAUUGGCACAACGCUACAAGGCCGACUUGGCCACGGACCAGAAGGAGGCCCUCCUGGAACUGCUUCGACUGCAGCCCCACCCACAGUUGUCUCCGGAAAUCAGACGUGAGCUCCAGAGUGCAGUCCCCAGAGAUGUAGAAGAUGUUCCUGUCACCAUGGAAUGACAGCGCUCACCUGUCUUGGUCCAGGGAGGAUAGGAGGACACCAGGAGCCCAGUUGGUGACCAACGAUCUAGUUAAAGACCUAGGUUAAGGCACUGUAGGCUUACGACGGCAUCUGUGUGUGGCUCCAGUCCUGGGCAGGAGGAUUGAUCUGGUUGGCUUUCUCUGCCAUUCUAGGCUUUGGUCCCUGUUCACUUCUGGAAGCUAACUGGAGUUAUCUGAUGUCAGCACU